AUGGGUGGCUCGCAACCAUGGCCGCAAGUUCCGGUCGGGAAUAAAGACCACACUGACGCUGCAGUCGUUAUCAUUGGAGCCGGUAUCUCUGGUAUGUGCAUGGCAAUCGACCUCAUUAAGCGCAACCAAUGCCACAACUUCAUCAUUGUUGAGAAGAGCUCCAGCGUCGGCGGAACAUGGCAUGACAACAAAGAGUACCCUGGCCAAGAGGAAAUACUUGACUAUCUUCGCAACGUAGCCCGCAAAUACAACCUCUACAAAUACAUCCGGUUCAACACAUCAGUCGAAUCCGCGACAUGGGACGAUUCCAAGAACCGUUGGAAGGUCGACGUCAACGUGACUGGUGGUAAAGACGCAGAAUUCAAUCCUGCUUAUAGUAUCGAAUGCGACUUUUUAGUCUCAGCUGUUGGCCAGCUGAACCAGCCACAAUAUCCAGAAAUUGAAGGGUUAGGAGACUUCAAGGGCAAGAUCAUGCAUUCGGCGCGUUGGGAUUGGAGCCACAGCCUUGAGGGCAAAAGUGUGGGCAUCAUCGGUAACGGUGCUACUGCUGCUCAAAUUAUUCCCGAGAUCUUGCCACAAACAUCCUCAUUGACAAUCUACCAACGAACUCCAAAUUGGGUCAUUCCACGUCUCGAUGGGCCCGUCAGCGCCUUCAAACGCGCAGUACUGCGCUACCUUCCCCCAGUUCGCUGGCGCAUCCGAGCCAACAUGAUGGACUUUCGCGAGUCUUUCUAUGAUGCCGUAACAGACAGCAGCAGCGAGUUCGCGGAAGUCAUCCGGAGUAGCUGCAUAGAGAUGAUGAAGACGCAGAUCCCCAACCAGCCCGACCUCUGGUCGAAACUCACCCCAGACUACAGUCCAGGUUGCAAGCGCGUCAUCAUAUCCGACGAUUAUUACCCCGCCGUUGCCAGCCCCAAGACAACCCUUGAGAGCAACAAAAUCCGUCGUAUCACGGAAACCGGCAUCGAGCUCGAAGACGGCACGCAUCACGAGCACGACACCAUUGUCCUUGCAACAGGUUUCCGCACAGUAGAGUUCCUGCACCCCAUCAAAGUAACCGGAACGCAAUCACGACCUCUAGCAGAAAUCUGGUCUUCCGGCGCCACAGCCUUGUACGGGACGACGAUCCCUUCCUUGCCCAACUUUGGACUCUUCUACGGACCCAACACAAAUCUGGGCCACAACUCCAUCAUAUUGAUGAUCGAAGCACAGUCUCGGUACCUCAACACGCUCGUCUCUGCUGUACUCGAUGCCCGAAACAGGGGCCAGAGGAUGGGCAUCAUGCCCAAGGAAGACAGAACGCAUGAAUGGAACGAGGGAAUUCAGCAGAUACUGAAGAACAGUUCUUUCGCGGAUCCAAAAUGCAAUAGUUGGUAUAAAAAUAAGGAGGGAAGGAUUACUAAUAAUUGGUCCGGGACUGUGAUUGAGUAUCAGGAGAUGCUUGCAAAGGUUGAUUGGGAGGAUUUCGAAACAACGACUGGUGGUGGUAGUGCUGCGCAUUCUGAUGAUGGUGUGAUGGUGGAGAAGAGUACUGGAGGAGUGAGCGCCAGUAAAGUUGUGUUUGGUACCGGGAAGCAAGAGACGAAGAUUGGAAGGGUUCAUGAGGAGACACUGGUCAGUAAUACUACGUUGGUGCUUGGCACACUGAGUGCAGUCGCUGCAGGUGCAGCAUGGGUGUAUCGGGGUAGGUUGCCCAAGAGACUGGGACUGCGAGCUUGA